CAGAACAGGCACUGAAGUCAUUUGUCGAGUAAUCACAGUCAAGAUACAUUUAAAGAAAGCAAAGGGACUGUUGUCUUUCCCGAGUCGCGUUCUCACGACAAUAACAAACAGAAGAUUAACUAAAAAUAUAAAUAAAAAUCUCAUUUAACGACGUAAAUAAAUAGUGCAGUGUUGAGUGAAAAAAAAAACUCUUUAAGUUAUUAAAAUAAAUGUUUUACGACUUAUUAUUUGAAAAUAAAAAUCUGUGGUGCUUUGGAUAGGGUGUAGGCCAACUCCCCUCUCUGCACAUUGUUCAUUUGACGUAGAAAGGAACACAUUGGAAGCCGGAAAUUAAUUUCAAGUAAUCGGAACCUGGAUAUCUGGCCAUGGAUACUGUCGACGGCGAGAGCAGACGACAGCCCACUAGAGUUUUCAAGAAGCCUAGUAAUAAUGGAAAAAUUACUGUUUACUUAAGCAAACGUGAUUUUGUUGAUCAUAUGACGCACAUCGAUCCUAUAGAUGGUGUGGUUUUGAUAGAUCCAGAAUACGUCAAAGAACGUAAAGUGUUUGGCAAUGUAUUGGCGCAUUUACGAUUCGGCCGUGAAGAUCUUGAUGUACUUGGACUGAUUGUAAAACGUGAACUUCAUCUGGCGACUGAUCAAAUUUAUCCGCCCACAAAUGAAGAACAGCCGCAAAAAUUAACUCGCCUGCAGGAGAGAUUAAUUAAAAAAUUAGGAAAAAAUGCUUAUCCUUUUUAUUUCAAAUUACCACCAAAUAGUCCAGCCUCGGUGACACUACAGCCGGCUAUCUGCGAGCCAGGCAAGGCCUAUGGGGUUGAUUACGAGCUCAUUGUCUUCGUGGGUGAGAAUAAAGACGGCAGACCCCUGAAGCGGAGCACCGUACGGUUGGCGAUAAGAAAAAUAAUGUACGCGCCAUCGCGACAGGGCGAACAGCCAUCAAUAGAAGUAAGCAAAGAGUUCCUUAUGUCUCGAAACAGACUUCAUUUAGAAGCAUCUCUGGACAAAGAGUUGUAUCACCACGGAGAGAACAUCGAAGUAAAUGUUCACAUUGCCAACAACAGUAAUCGAACAGUCAAAAAAAUCAAGGUGUCAGUGAGACAGUUUGCUGAUAUUUACGGUUACUCGUCGUCGCAGUACAAGUGCACAGUUGCCGAGACUGAGAGCGCGGAAGGUUGUACAGUCGGGCCAGGUUUCACAUUGAGCAAAGUUUUUACAGUGGUACCGCGUAUUGCCAACAGCAAAAACAAAUGGGCCUUAGCGUUAGACGGAAAACUUAAACAUCAGGACACCAAUUUAGCGUCUAGUACGCUUAACGUUGAUCCUUCACAACGUGAAAAUCUUGGAGUCAUUGUGCAGUACAAAGUCAAAGUUAAAUUGUGCCUCGGAGCUUUGGGAGGUGAACUUGUGGCAGAAUUACCAUUUAUCUUGAUGCAUCCAAAACCGGAAGAAGAAACUCCAUCGCCAGUAACAGUUCAACCAAGUUCAACAAAUCCAUCUGAAAAUGGAGAAUGCGCUAAUGAUACUAAUCUUAUUCAGUUGGACACUGAAGAUGAUAUUGGUAAUGACGACAUAAUUUUCGAAGAUUUUGCUCGUUUACGACUCAAAGGUGAAACAGAUGCCUGACCAAGUGAUCAAUGCACAUGAUAUCCAUCUACCACACUUGUUUUGAAUGAAACUAAUUUAAAACAUGCCUUGAAGUCUAUUAUGUAAAGUAUAAAGCUCAAGAAUAAUGAGAAGAAUAUGAAAAAAGAGCUAGCUCUGUAUUUCAGAAGAACAGUUUUGUUUAUUGUCAAGUAACACGACUGAUUAUAAUUUUAAAAACACUAGUAAACGAUCAAUUACGCUUA